UAGAAGGAACGUGGAACGGAGUUGUAAUGUCGUUUAAGUUGUUUCUAUGCGCAGUGAACGAUAUUUUGUUUGUAAUUAUAUAAUAAUAAUUAAUAGUAUUGUAAGGCGGCAUAAUUUUACGAAAAAUAAAAAAAAAACAUGUCUAUCGAAAGUAGCAGUGUUCCCGUGAUCAUUGAAUUCGGAGGUGGGGCAGAAUUACUUUUCGACAAAAAGAAAAAGCACUCUGUGGACUUACCUGGAAACGAAUGGACUAUACAAAAGUUACUUUUCUGGAUAAAAGAUAACCUUCUGAAAGAACGACCGGAACUUUUUAUGCAAGGAGACACCGUGCGACCAGGAAUUUUGGUACUUGUAAAUGACACCGAUUGGGAAUUAUUGGGCGAGAGCAAUUACAACAUAAAUUCAGGCGACACGAUAUUGUUUAUAUCCACCUUACACGGAGGAUAGGACGCAUUUUUACGCAAGAAGACAAGACGGCGACUCACGAAGAGGAAAUCAAAGAUGGUGGUGCAAGACUUGAUUCGAUCGCUGCGGGCAAAAUGAUAAUUUCGCGGGACACUUGUUUGUGUGAAGUACGCGCACACGUGCACACUGUCAGAGAAUAAAAUGCUCAUUCGCACGACGUACGUUUGAGAUGUUCCAUGUAACGACUAUGAUAUUACGGCUGACACGUUGGCCGUUUUCCAAGAAACCUCGUAUUAUUGCCCCUUCUCUACCUUACCAAUCUUUUCUCGCUUCAUAGCCAAUGGGCCAUAUCCUGUUCCCCGUUUCCACUAGUAGAGACGCGACUUGUCUAUCUCGGUACUUAACCCUUACCAUUCUCGUGCUGGUAUACAGCUAUUCCCGCGUUACUUCGUAAUUAAUAUUGGAGAAGAUCGAAUGAGAAAAUAGGAAGAAAUUAUUGAUUCUUGUCUUCAUAGAAUUUCCAUCUUGGCGACUUUGACAAAAAAGAAGAAGAAAAAAGAAAGGAAGAAAAACGAAGAGAAAAGAG